GCAUAGAUUGGAGGGUUGUAUGAUAUUGAUUAUUGAAUCUCAGAAGCUAGCUGUGUCUUAUUCUGCAUCGAGGACCAGCUUGGAAAUGGAAGCUCUUCUAUCUAUCUCUAUUCUCUAGUCUUUUUCGCACAACCAGCCAUAUCUUUCAACUUCCAAAUUCACUAUUACGAAACUGCAAGAUACUUCUACCUACACUUCAUCAUACAUAUUUCUCUCUCUGUCCCCUACCACUCUUCAAUAUAAUAUUCCUUUUAUCUCAAGCGGUGGAACACUCUCCUCCACCACAUUAAUGUUUGUCUCUUUGUAGUUUUGUAUUCAUCAUGUUCAUUGUGCAGUGAUGAAUUCAAGUGUUUGGCUUCGGCAUCUUCUUCUCAUGCUGCUUCAUUUAUUGUCAAGUUUUAUUCUCAUUUUGGACCACUGAGCAGGGAGCAGAUUCUUUUAAUGCCAAGAUAAAAAAAUAUAAAAAGGUUUGAUCUUUGGUUCCUCGAAGCAAUUGAUGACGGUGUCAAUGAAUUUGUAUUACUUACAAGUUGUUCCUGUGCGAUUUGGCUGUGAAAUUUGACAAUUGGGUAUGAGUGGUAGUUUCAGUUUUUUAGCAUAGGUUGAGAACAUGAACAGAAGGGUCAGGACUAGGAAGCUCCAAUUCCAAUUCAAUAGCCCAUGAAAAAGUAAUUGAAGUUUGGUACAGUCAGAGGUCAGAAAAGGGUACAUUCAUGUCACUUAUGAUGAAGGGAAGCUUGAGAGUUGCAAAUAAAAGUGGAAAAGCUUCUAGCAGAGAAAGAAAAUUGGCUUUGCAACAAGAUGUGGAUAGGUUGAAGAAGAAGCUUAGGCAUGAGGAGAACAUCCACAGGGCAUUGGAGAGGGCUUUCAAUAGACCCUUGGGAGCUUUGCCUCGUCUUCCUCCUUAUCUCCCUCCCUAUAUACUAGCCCUUCUGGCUGAAGUGGCAGUUCUGGAAGAGGAAAUUGUGAGGCUUGAAGAGAAGGUUGUGCAUUUCAGACAGGAUUUGUACCAGGAAGCUGUCUACAUGUCAUCUUCAAUGAGGAAACUGCAACAUUCAGUUUCACCUUCUCCAGACAAGUCAAAUACAACAAUGGAUAGUCCCAAGUUGGAUAAAUUAAAGUCUCAAUCUGGUAAUUCAGCAACAACAUCUGCAACUAGGUCUACCACAACACUCACUGAGGAUAGACAAGGGAAAGACAAUCAAUCCUGUAGUAAUUCUUCCAAGAGCAGGCAGCAAUCCUCCAACCAAAUUAAAAAAACUCCAAUUAAGAAUAUUCAUUUUGACAAUAAAUCACUGCAGAAAAGAUGGGAUCAUCCUAAAAGGAAGCAAGAACCAAGGGUGAACAACCAGCAAAUUGCAGAUGUAAGAAGUCAUAGUGCACAUAAAAAUUCAUCAGAGGCUGAGAGUCCAAAUAUAAUUUCAGAAAAUAUUGUAAAGUGCUUAUCAAACAUUCUCUUGAGAAUGAGUGCUGUGAAGAAUCCAGGUUCUGCAAGUGACAUACGACCCUUGUGGGAUCUAAAACCUCAAAACUGUGAUGAAGGAGCAGAUUUUGGGGAUCCAUAUGGCAUCUGGUUGGAAUUUGGAAAGAGGGAUAUUGGUCCAUACAAGCAACUAUGUGCAAUUGAUGCUAAAUCUUUCAAUCCAAAACGAACUGCAAAUACUUUGUUUUUACUACAUCGGUUGAAACUUCUUUUAAGGAAACUAGCCUCUGUCGACUUGGAAAACCUCAAUCAUCAGGAGAAGCUCGCAUUCUGGAUCAACAUCUACAACUCGUGUAUGAUGAAUACAUUCAUAGAGAAUGGCAUACAAGAGAGUCCUGAAAUGGCUGUUGCACUUAUGAGGAAGGCAACAAUAAAUGUGGGUGGACACGUGCUAAGUGCAACAACCAUAGAGCAUUUCAUUUUAAGACUUCCUUAUCACUGGAGAUUUACGUUUUCCAAGGGAACAAAAAAUCAUGAAAUGACAGCAAGAAGUAUGUAUGGACUGGAGCUGUCAGAACCCUUAGUCACAUUUGCUCUCUCUUGUGGAACUUGGUCUUCUCCUGCUGUGAGAGUUUACACAGCAUCCCAGGUUGAGAAUGAACUGGAAGUGGCCAAAAGAGAGUACUUACAGGCAGCAGUUGGAAUUUCAGCUUCAAAGUUUGCUAUCCCAAAGCUGCUGGAUUGGUAUUUACUGAACUUUGCAAAAGACUUGGAAUCAUUGCUGGAUUGGAUCUGUCUCCAGUUACCAAGUGAACUGGGUAAAGAAGCCAUUAAAUUCCUUGAGGAAAGAAAAACUGAGUCCCUCUCACAAUUUGUGCAAAUUAUGCCAUAUGAGUUCAACUUUAGAUAUUUGAUAUGCACAUAAUUUCACUCCAGUUUUCUGUACAUUGCUCUAUUGCAAUUUUGUAUACAUCUGUAGAUCAUACAUAAUAAAAAUGUAGAUGAUCAUCUGUUCUCUCCUCCCAUUGGGGGUAAAAAUGCUCAGAUUCCUUCUUAUCAAUGAAACAAUCACAAUAUAACCGGUGGAAUUUGAACUUA